AUGGGCCAUUCCUGUAACAGCAGCGACAGCGCGGAGGGCGAGAGCGAGCCGCCAUGGGCCGCGCUGCUACCGUGCGACGAGCACCGCUGCUCGCCCUUUCCCCUAGGGGCACUGGUGCCAGUGACCGCAGUGUGCCUGGGCCUGUUCGCCGUCGGAGUAAGCGGCAACGUGGUGACGGUGCUGCUGAUUGGGCGCUACCGGGACAUGCGGACCACCACCAACUUGUACCUGGGCAGCAUGGCCGUGUCAGACCUGCUCAUUCUGCUCGGGCUGCCCUUCGACCUGUACCGCCUCUGGCGCUCGCGGCCCUGGGUGUUCGGGCCGCUACUCUGCCGCCUCUCGCUCUACUUGAGCGAGGGCUGCACCUACGCCACGCUGCUGCACAUGACGGCGCUCAGCGUCGAGCGCUAUCUCGCCAUCUGUCGCCCGCUCCGUGCCCGCGUUGUCAUCACUCGGCCCCGCGUCCGCGCGCUCAUCGCAGCCCUCUGGGCCGUGGCGCUGCUUUCCGCUGGGCCCUUCUUCUUUCUGGUGGGCGUCGAGCAGGACUCUGGCGUCAGCGCGCUCCCAGACCUUAACAGCACCGCGCAGCUCAGCCCCUCACCGCGCGCCUUGUCACCACCGACGGCGUGGCUCCUCGGGCCCUCGCGAGCGCCAACUCUAUCCCCGCCGUCGUGGCGCGAGACAGCUGAGGCCGCGGCGCUGUUCAGCCGCGAGUGCCGGCCGAGUCCCGCGCAACUAGGCGCGCUGCGUGUUAUGCUGUGGGUCACCACCGCCUACUUCUUUCUGCCCUUCCUAUGCCUCAGUGUCCUUUACGGGCUCAUUGGGCGGGAGCUGUGGAGCAACCGGGGGCCGCUGCGAGGCCCAGUCGUCUCCGGGCGGGAGAAGGGCCACCGGCAGACGGUCCGUGUCCUGCUGGUGGUUGUUCUGGCAUUUAUAAUUUGUUGGUUGCCUUUCCACGUUGGCAGAAUCAUUUAUAUAAAUACAGAAGAUUCUCAGAUGAUGCACUUCUCUCAGUACUUUAACAUUGUUGCAUUGCUACUUUUCUAUCUAAGUGCAUCCAUUAACCCAAUCCUCUACAACCUCAUUUCAAAGAAGUAUAGAGCCGCAGCCUGGAAACUACUCUGGUGGAGACAGUCCACACAGAGAGGUUUCAUUAGAAGCAGAAAUGCAGAGGGGACCACAGAAGGAAAUGCAACUGGCUACACCGAUACUACCACCAGCAUACCUACGCCCGCCACAAGCAUGGCCAAGAAAAUCGCCUCCUCCCACAGUUCUGGGACUUCACAGAAAACAGGUCUGUGGGGCAAUAAGGACUGA